ACUCUGGGAAUGUUACUCAAUUCAGAAGAAUCAAAUCUGUCUUACAGCAGUAAAGGGUAAUCCUCUCUGCUCAGAAAUGAAGGAUGGCAGUCAGCACUAAGAGAAUAUUUUCUGUACAUUAUUAAGGAAUGUUAUCAAGGGCCUUCAUGAUUCCUUCUACAUCAAAUUGGACACUUACCACUACAAAGAUGACACCAGUCAUUGAUGUAACGAAUGCUACAGGGACAGAAUCUGCUCAGAAUGAAACGGUGGUUAGUUCACACUUCUCAACAACCAUUGGGAGUACCAUAAUGCUGUUGGCACUAAUUAUCGGGGUACCAGGGAACUGGUUUGUUGUCUGGAGUAUUGUCUGUCAAAUGAGGAAAAGAAAUGUGACUUGUAUUCUCAUACUUAAUCUAGCAAUAGCAGAUGGAACGAUAAUGCUUCUGACACCCUUCUUUAUAGUUUACAUGAUUCAGCACAACUGGAGUUUUGGACGGGCCAUCUGUAAGAUUGUGUACUACCUUUGCUGCAUAAAUAUGUAUGCAAGCAUUUUCCUUAUAAUGUUAAUGAGCGUAGAUCGACUUGUCGCUGUGACAUUGCCCCACCUUUCCCAUACAAUCCGAAAAAAGAAGCUUGUUUGGAAGAUCAUUUGUGUCCUUUGGGCAAUGUCUGUUUUACUGGCAAUACCAGCUGUCAUAUACAGAGAUAUCAUGGAUAUGAACGACCGCAAUAUUUGUCGACCUGUGUAUAAAACAAAUGGUGAAGGGAUAUUUCAUUGUAUUUUUGAGUUUGUUUUGGCAUUUGCAAUCCCAUUUAUUGUUAUCCUGUUCAGUUAUUCAUGCAUCAAACUGAGGCUGCGAACAACCAGGUUCAAGAAGCGUGCACGGACAGAAAGGCUAAUUGUUAUUAUUGUGGCAGCAUUUGUUAUACUCUGGUUACCAUACCAUAUUAUUGGUCUAAUACAGAUAAUUUCCUACCUCUAUCCAAGCAACAAAUGGCUAGAACGUAUCUGGCUUUCAUGCAGGGCACCAGUUACAGCUAUUGCCUUUGUCAGCAGCAGUGUAAACCCAGUGCUGUAUGCCUUUGCAGGAACUGACCUUAUCAAGACAGCAGGCAUGAAAUUUAUGGUCAAGCUGUUAGAGGGUAACUCAGACAUCAGUCGUAAACUGAGAUCUGCCAAAGAUGGCCUCCGAGAAGGCAACAAAGAUGGCAGCAAAGAAGUUAGCAAAGCAGAAUCUAUGGAAAUACGCAACCCAAGUGAACUGCAGACCUCUGCCAGUGUACGAUGAUUACUCUCAGUAAACCAUGUAGAAAGGUUUUUGGAGAUUCUGUGAUUUUUGUUAGCAAAUCCUUUCAAAUGUAGUCACUUUGGGUAAUUUCUUAUUGUACUGCACAAAGCAUGAGAUGUUCCAACAAGGUUAAAAAUAUAGAAUGGCUGGUCCUCUCUCUGGUCCUUAAUCAAACAGACGAGUGUUGACCUGCGAUACAUUUAUUAUACUGAAUACAUCAUCGAAUGGUACUGAGUGCUUGUUCUUAACAGAGUAAAUGGGGACCACAAUACCUUAACCAUUCAUUUCUGGUAGAGUUUAUGUCAGUAGUACAGAUAUCGUGAAGUGUUAAAUUCAUGACUAAACAAGCAAAAUUAUGAGAAGGACUGCAAAAAGCAUCAGCUGCUGCUGGUAUUUAGAGCCGUUGGAUCCAUACAGAAGACUGAGAAAAACUGGUGUUUCUGUUGAAUGCUUCACACUAUUUCAUUUUGGAUCAGGGAACAAAAUGAGUCUGCUGUUAAACAUGACAUUUUGUGAUACACUGUAUGAUUAAGAAUUAAAGUACACAGGACACCUGCUCACUUACUUAGUAGAUCCUCAAGAUUAAUGAUCAAACCCUUCUCCAUAUUAAAGAACAUAACUUACUUAUAUACACUGUAGAAGAAAGGACGGAGGUAUGGUAGGGCAAACCAUUUUAAAGAACAUAACUUACUUAUAUACACUGUAGAGGAAAGGACGGAGGUAUGGUAGGGCAACCCAUUUUAAAGAACAUAACUUACUUAUAUACACUGUAGAGGAAAGGACGGAGGUAUGAUAGGGCAACCCAUUUUAAAGAACAUAACUUACUUAUAUACACUGUAGAAGAAAGGACGGAGGUAUGGUAGGCCAAACCAUUUUAAAGAACAUAACUUAUUUAUAUACACUGUAGAGGAAAGGACGGAGGUAUGGUAGGGCAACCCAUUUUAAAGAACAUAACUUACUUAUAUACACUGUAGAGGAAAGGACGGAGGUAUGGUAGGGCAAACCAUUUUAAAGAACAUAACUUACUUAUAUACACUGUAGAAGAAAGGCCGGAGGUAUGGUAGGGCAAACCAUUUUAAAGAACAUAACUUACUUAUAUACACUGUAGAGGAAAGGACGGAGGUAUGAUAGGGCAACCCAUUUUAAAGAACAUAACUUACUUAUAUACACUGUAGAAGAAAGGAUGGAGGUAUGGUAGGGCAACCCAUUUUAAAGAACAUAACUUACUUAUAUACACUGUAGAAGAAAGGAUGGAGGUAUGGUAGGGCUAACCAUUUUAAAGAACAUAACUUACUUAUAUACACUGUAGAGGAAAGGACGGAGGUAUGGUAGGGCAACCCAUUUUAAAGAACAUAACUUACUUAUAUACACUGUAGAAGAAAGGACGGAGGUAUGGUAGGGCAAACCAUUUUAAAGAAUAUAACUUACUUAUAUACACUGUAGAGGAAAGGACGGAGGUAUGGUAGGGCAACCCAUUUUAAAGAACAUAACUUACUUAUAUACACUGUAGAGGAAAGGACGGAGGUAUGAUAGGGCAACCCAUUUUAAAGAACAUAACUUAUUUAUAUACACUGUAGAGGAAAGGACGGAGGUAUGGUAGGGCAACCCAUUUUAAAGAACAUAACUUACUUAUAUACACUGUAGAGGAAAGGAUGGAGGUAUGGUAGGCCAAACCAUUUUAAAGAACAUAACUUACUUAUACACUGUAGAAGAAAGGACGGAGGUAUGGUAGGGCAACCCAUUUUAAAGAACAUAACUUACUUAUAUACACUGUAGAGGAAAGGACGGAGGUAUGGUAGGGCAACCCAUUUUAAAGAACAUAACUUACUUAUAUACACUGUAGAGGAAAGGACGGAGGUAUGAUAGGGCAAACCAUUUUAAAGAACAUAACUUACUUAUAUACACUGUAGAAGAAAGGACGGAGGUAUGGUAGGGCAACCCAUUUUAAAGAACAUAACUUACUUAUAUACACUGUAGAAGAAAGGAUGGAGGUAUGGUAGGGCAACCCAUUUUAAAGAACAUAACUUACUUAUAUACACUGUAGAGGAAAGGACGGAGGUAUGAUAGGGCAACCCAUUUUAAAGAACAUAACUUAUUUAUAUACACUGUAGAAGAAAGGACAGAGGUAUGAUAGGGCAACCCAUUUUAAAGAACAUAACUUAUUUAUAUACACUGUAGAAGAAAGGACGGAGGUAUGAUAGGGCAACCCAUUUUAAAGAACAUAACUUACUUAUAUACACUGUAGAGGAAAGGAUGGAGGUAUGGUAGGGCAAACCAGUUUAAAGAACAUAACUUACUUAUAUACACUGUAGAAGAAAGGACGGAGGUAUGGUAGGGCAACCCAUUUUAAAGAACAUAACUUACUUAUAUACACUGUAGAGGAAAGGACGGAGGUAUGAUAGGGCAAACCAUUUUAAAGAACAUAACUUACUUAUAUACACUGUAGAGGAAAGGACGGAGGUAUGGUAGGGCAACCCAUUUUAAAGAACAUAACUUACUUAUAUACACUGUAGAAGAAAGGAUGGAGGUAUGGUAGGGCAACCCAUUUUAAAGAACAUAACUUACUUAUAUACACUGUAGAGGAAAGGACGGAGGUAUGAUAGGGCAACCCAUUUUAAAGAACAUAACUUAUUUAUAUAUACUGUAGAAGAAAGGACGGAGGUAUGAUAGGGCAACCCAUUUUAAAGAACAUAACUUAUUUAUAUACACUGUAGAAGAAAGGACGGAGGUAUGAUAGGGCAACCCAUUUUAAAGAACAUAACUUACUUAUAUACACUGUAGAGGAAAGGACGGAGGUAUGGUAGGGCAAACCAUUUUAAAGAACAUAACUUACUUAUAUACACUGUAGAGGAAAGGACGGAGGUAUGGUAGGGCAACCCAUUUUAAAGAACAUAACUUACUUAUAUACACUGUAGAGGAAAGGACGGAGGUAUGAUAGGGCAACCCAUUUUAAAGAACAUAACUUACUUAUAUACACUGUAGAAGAAAGGACGGAGGUAUGGUAGGCCAAACCAUUUUAAAGAACAUAACUUACUUAUACACUGUAGAAGAAAGGACGGAGGUAUGGUAGGGCAACCCUUUUUAAAGAACAUAACUUACUUAUAUACACUGUAGAAGAAACGAGGUAUGGUAGGGCAACCCAUUUUAAAGAACAUAACUUACUUAUAUACACUGUAGAGGAAAGGACGGAGGUAUGAUAGGGCAACCCAUUUUAAAGAACAUAACUUACUUAUAUACACUGUAGAAGAAAGGACGGAGGUAUGGUAGGGCAAACCAUUUUAAAGAACAUAACUUACUUAUAUACACUGUAGAAGAAAGGACGGAGGUAUGGUAGGGCAAACCAUUUUAAAGAACAUAACUUACUUAUAUACACUGUAGAGGAAAGGACGGAGGUAUGGUAGGGCAACCCAUUUUAAAGAACAUAACUUACUUAUAUACACUGUAGAAGAAAGGACGGAGGUAUGAUAGGGCAAACCAUUUUAAAGAACAUAACUUACUUAUAUACACUGUAGAAGAAAGGACGGAGGUAUGGUAGGGCAACCCAUUUUAAAGAACAUAACUUACUUAUAUACACUGUAGAAGAAAGGAUGGAGGUAUGGUAGGGCAAACCAUUUUAAAGAACAUAACUUACUUAUAUACACUGUAGAGGAAAGGACGGAGGUAUGAUAGGGCAACCCAUUUUAAAGAACAUAACUUACUUAUAUACACUGUAGAGGAAAGGACGGAGGUAUGGUAGGGCAACCCAUUUUAAAGAACAUAACUUACUUAUAUACACUGUAGAAGAAAGGACGGAGGUAUGGUAGGGCAACCCAUUUUAAAGAAAAUAACUUACUUAUAUACACUGUAGAAGAAAGGACGGAGGUAUGGUAGGGCAACCCAUUUUAAAGAACAUAACUUACUUAUAUACACUGUAGAGGAAAGGACGGAGGUAUGGUAGGGCAAACCAUUUUAAAGAACAUAACUUACUUAUAUACACUGUAGAGGAAAGGAUGGAGGUAUGGCAGGGCAACCCAUUUUAAAGAACAUAACUUACUUAUAUACACUGUAGAGGAAAGGACGGAGGUAUGGUAGGGCAAACCAUUUUAAAGAACAUAACUUACUUAUAUACACUGUAGAAGAAAGGAUGGAGGUAUGGUAGGGCAACCCAUUUUAAAGAACAUAACUUACUUAUAUACACUGUAGAGGAAAGGACGGAGGUAUGGUAGGGCAACCCAUUUUAAAGAACAUAACUUACUUAUAUACACUGUAGAAGAAAGGAUGGAGGUAUGGUAGGGCAAACCAUUUUAAAGAACAUAACUUACUUAUAUACACUGUAGAGGAAAGGACGGAGGUAUGAUAGGGCAACCCAUUUUAAAGAACAUAACUUACUUAUAUACACUGUAGAAGAAAGGACGGAGGUAUGGUAGGGCAAACCAUUUUAAAGAACAUAACUUACUUAUAUACACUGUAGAGGAAAGGACGGAGGUAUGGUAGGCCAAACCAUUUUAAAGAACAUAACUUAUUUAUAUACACUGUAGAGGAAAGGACGGAGGUAUGGUAGGGCAACCCAUUUUAAAGAACAUAACUUACUUAUAUACACUGUAGAGGAAAGGACGGAGGUAUGGUAGGGCAAACCAUUUUAAAGAACAUAACUUACUUAUAUACACUGUAGAGGAAAGGACGGAGGUAUGGUAGGGCAACCCAUUUUAAAGAACAUAACUUACUUAUAUACACUGUAGAGGAAAGGACGGAGGUAUGAUAGGGCAACCCAUUUUAAAGAACAUAACUUACUUAUAUACACUGUAGAAGAAAGGACUGAGGUAAGGUAGGCCAAACCAUUUUAAAGGACAUAACUUAUUUAUAUACACUGUAGAGGAAAGGACGGAGGUAUGGUAGGGCAACCCAUUUUAAAGAACAUAACUUACUUAUAUACACUGUAGAAGAAAGGACGGAGGUAUGGUAGGGCAAACCAUUUUAAAGAAUAUAACUUACUUAUAUACACUGUAGAGGAAAGGACGGAGGUAUGGUAGGGCAACCCAUUUUAAAGAACAUAACUUACUUAUAUACACUGUAGAGGAAAGGACGGAGGUAUGAUAGGGCAACCCAUUUUAAAGAACAUAACUUACUUAUAUACACUGUAGAGGAAAGGACGGAGGUAUGAUAGGGCAACCCAUUUUAAAGAACAUAACUUACUUAUAUACACUGUAGAAGAAAGGACGGAGGUAUGGUAGGGCAACCCAUUUUAAAGAACAUAACUUACUUAUAUGCACUGUAGAAGAAAGGACGGAGGUAUGGUAGGGCAAACCAUUUUAAAGAACAUAACUUACUUAUAUACACUGUAGAGGAAAGGACGGAGGUAUGGUAGGGCAACCCAUUUUAAAGAACAUAACUUACUUAUAUACACUGUAGAGGAAAGGACGGAGGUAUGAUAGGGCAACCCAUUUUAAAGAACAUAACUUACUUAUAUACACUGUAGAGGAAAGGAUGGAGGUAUGGUAGGCCAAACCAUUUUAAAGAACAUAACUUACUUAUACACUGUAGAAGAAAGGAUGGAGGUAUGGAAGGGCAACCCAUUUUAAAGAACAUAACUUACUUAUAUGCACUGUAGAGGAAAGGACGGAGGUAUGGUAGGGCAACCCAUUUUAAAGAACAUAACUUACUUAUAUACACUGUAGAAGAAAGGACGGAGGUAUGGUAGGGCAACCCAUUUUAAAGAACAUAACUUACUUAUAUACACUGUAGAAGAAAGGACGGAGGUAUGGUAGGGCAACCCAUUUUAAAGAACAUAACUUACUUAUAUACACUGUAGAAGAAAGGACGGAGGUAUGGUAGGCCAAACCAUUUUAAAGAACAUAACUUACUUAUACACUGUAGAAGAAAGGACGGAGGUAUGGUAGGGCAACCCUUUUUAAAGAACAUAACUUACUUAUAUACACUGUAGAAAAAACGAGGUAUGGUAGGGCAACCCAUUUUAAAGAACAUAACUUACUUAUAUGCACUGUAGAGGAAAGGACGGAGGUAUGGUAGGGCAAACCAUUUUAAAGAACAUAACUUACUUAUAUACACUGUAGAGGAAAGGACGGAGGUAUGGUAGGGCAAACCAUUUUAAAGAACAUAACUUACUUAUAUACACUGUAGAAGAAAGGACGGAGGUAUGGUAGGGCAAACCAUUUUAAAGAACAUAACUUACUUAUAUACACUGUAGAAGAAAGGACGGAGGUAUGGUAGGGCAACCCAUUUUAAAGAACAUAACUUACUUAUAUACACUGUAGAAGAAAGGACGGAGGUAUGGUAGGGCAAACCAUUUUAAAGAACAUAACUUACUUAUAUACACUGUAGAGGAAAGGACGGAGGUAUGGUAGGGCAAACCAUUUUAAAGGACAUAACUUACUUAUAUACACUGUAGAAGAAAGGACGGAGGUAUGGUAGGGCAAACCAUUUUAAAGAACAUAACUUACUUAUAUACACUGUAGAGGAAAGGACGGAGGUAUGAUAGGGCAACCCAUUUUAAAGAACAUAACUUACUUAUAUACACUGUAGAGGAAAGGACGGAGGUAUGGUCGGGCAACCCAUUUUAAAGAACAUAACUUACUUAUAUACACUGUAGAGGAAAGGACGGAGGUAUGAUAGGGCAACCCUUUUUAAAGAACAUAACUUACUUAUAUACACUGUAGAAGAAAGGACGGAGGUAUGGUAGGGCAACCCAUUUUAAAGAACAUAACUUACUUAUAUACACUGUAGAGGAAAGGACGGAGGUAUGAUAGGGCAACCCAUUUUAAAGAACAUAACUUACUUAUAUACACUGUAGAAGAAAGGACGGAGGUAUGGUAGGGCAAACCAUUUUAAAGAACAUAACUUACUUAUAUACACUGUAGAAGAAAGGACGGAGGUAUGGUAGGGCAAACCAUUUUAAAGAACAUAACUUAUUUAUAUACACUGUAGAGGAAAGGAUGGAGGCAUGGUAGGGCAAACCAUUUUAAAGAACAUAACUUACUUAUAUACACUGUAGAAGAAAGGACGGAGGUAUGGUUGGGCAAACCAUUUUAAAGAACAUAACUUACUUAUAUACACUGUAGAAGAAAGGACGGAGGUAUGGUAGGGCAACCCAUUUUAAAGAACAUAACUUACUUAUAUACACUGUAGAGGAAAGGACAGAGGUAUGGUAGGGCAACCCAUUUUAAAGAACAUAACUUACUUAUAUACACUGUAGAAGAAAGGACGGAGGUAUGGUAGGGCAAACCAUUUUAAAGAACAUAACUUACUUAUAUGCACUGUAGAAGAAAGGACGGAGGUAUGGUAGGGCAAACCAUUUUAAAGAACAUAACUUAUUUAUAUGCACUGUAGAGGAAAGGACGGAGGUAUGGUAGGGCAAACCGUUUUAAAGAACAUAACUUAUUUAUAUACACUGUAGAAGAAAGGACGGAGGUAUGAUAGGGCAAACCAUUUUAAAGAACAUAACUUACUUAUAUACACUGUAGAAGAAAGGACGGAGGUAUGGUAGGGCAAACCAUUUUAAAGAACAUAACUUACUUAUAUACACUGUAGAAGAAAGGACGGAGGUAUGGUAGGGCAAACCAUUUUAAAGAACAUAACUUACUUAUAUACACUGUAGAGGAAAGGACGGAGGUAUGGUAGGGCAAACCAUUUUAAAGAACAUAACUUACUUAUAUACACUGUAGAAGAAAGGACGGAGGUAUGGUAGGGCAACCCAUUUUAAAGAACAUAACUUACUUAUAUACACUGUAGAGGAAAGGACGGAGGUAUGGUAGGGCAACCCAUUUUAAAGAACAUAACUUAUUUAUAUACACUGUAGAGGAAAGGACGGAGGUAUGGUAGGGCAACCCAUUUUAAAGAACAUAACUUACUUAUAUACACUGUAGAAGAAAGGACGGAGGUAUGGUAGGGCAAACCAUUUUAAAGAACAUAACUUACUUAUAUACACUGUAGAGGAAAGGACGGAGGUAUGGUAGGGCAACCCAUUUGAAAGAACAUAACUUACUUAUAUACACUGUAGAGGAAAGGACGGAGGUAUGGUAGGGCAAACUGAAUGAGUAAACAAAGUAUGGCAAUACAUCAAGGAUGGGUCAAGGGUGCAAUACUCAAAGAGGUGGACAAGGAUUUAAGGUACAGACAAAAAAGAUUAAAAGUGAAGGAGGUUAAUGUGGCUGUAGAGGAGAAUGAUGUUAAAAAUUAAGGCGAAAGACAGAACAAGCACAAGGAAAGAAGGUGGUGGGGUGGAACAGGUACGCUACAAGGAAAUGCAACAAAGAAGGUGAGGACAGGUGAAAGUGAAAUGGUAAAAAGGAUCAAGAGGGGAACAAGAAACUUCUUUAGAUUUACAGUAAAAAGAUGAAGAGAGGGACAGGCUUUCAUAGGCUAAGUAAAGACAGGAAGGAGGUAAUGGAAAAAGUGUGAAGUAGCAGAGGUCACGAGUGAAUAAUGAAUGAAUACUUUUACUGUAGUCUUUAUAAAUGAAUCCAAAGGGAGGGUGCUCUGCUUGGAAGGAGAUGGGGCAGAUGAGGGAGAGCAUUGGACAGACUGACAGACGGAAAGGACAUUGACAGAAGAAUGGUUUCUCUUAAGGUAAAAAAGUAUAGGGACUAGAGGAGAACCCACCCAGAGUCUUAAGAAAUCUAGCUAGUGUUCUAGCAUAUUCUCUGACUUAAGGUUUUCAGAAGAUUGCUGGUUACUGAUAAAGGGUAGAAGGCAAGAACUAGAUUUCUUUUGCACAAGGGAUGGGAUCAGGAAAAAAUCAGGGAAUAACAGAACGGUUUAGGUUAACAGCAGUAGCAGGAAAAUUUAUGGAAACAAUUCCUGAUGGAAAGGUUGGUUGUUCUCCUAGAGUAAAGCAAUAUUCUGGCCAACAUGGUUUAAUUGCCAGAAAAACCUGUAAGACAAACAUAAUGCAGUUUUAUAAUUGCAUCGCAGGAUAACCUGACAAGAGAGCACUGGUCUGUCUUGAUGUCAGAGAGGCCUUUGAGUUGUUCCCACAAUGGUGGAAAAUCAGAAUGUCAGGGAUUGGAUUAACCAAGAGGAGGGUAGGAAUAGGAUCAGGAUUAACAAGGAGGAGGCUAAGGCUAGGAUUUACAAGGAGCUGGCUAGGGAUAGGAUUAACAAGGAGUGUGCUAGGGAUAGGAUUAAUAAGGAGGAGGCUAGGGAUAGGAUUAACAAGGAGCUGGCUAGGGAUAGGAGCAGGAUUAAUAAGGAGGUCGAUAGGGAUAGGACUAACAAGAAGGCUGCUGUGAAAAAUGGAGGUUUGGGGUAGGAUCAAGACUACUAUCUGGACGGCUGUAUAUUUAAAGGAUAAGAUAGGGGUGCAGUGAGACAAACAAUAUUGGGAAUAAGGAACAGGACAGCUUGAGAACAGAUGUUGCUGGUCCUGGUUUCAGUUCUCAAUAACAGCUUUGUUUCAUGCAUAUCUUUGGAAACAGAGAGCAAGAAUAGCCACUUCCCUGCUGGCACAAACUAUGAAGGAUAGUGGACAGUCCUUGGAAGGAUUUGGAAAAAUUAAGUAAGUGGAAUUAAAGGUGGCAGUGGAGAGUUAAUGCACAGAAUGGAUUGGUACAAUGGUUAACGUGUUUACCUUACAGACACAAUGUGCAGGGUUUGAUUCUCAAAUGGAAUAAUCAGUCUAACUUAAAAUGGUCUACAAAGGCAGUUAGCCUACAUUACCAACUUAAGAAAUAGAAAGUACUGCAUGUGGGCCACAAUGACACUAGAAUGAAUUUUCACCUGGGGAGUGGAAAUGAUAGCAACAAUAUCAGGAAAAGAAUUUGAAAGUGUCCACCGGGAGCAGAGCAAGAGGGCAGUGGCAGCUGCUAACACAAUCUUGGAUGUUUCCUCUGGUGUCCGAAUACCAGAAACAAUAGCUGAGACAGGUGUUAUGGGGCAUGAUUGGUAGUUGCCAAUAGGGAUGAGUUCAGUACUGGCCUGAAUUUAGGACGUGACAUCAUAAAUGAAUGGUAACACUGAAUUAACGUUAGGAGCUUGGCCAGACAUGUGACAUCAUAAAUGAAAGGUAACACACUGAAUUAAUGUUAGGCGCUUGCCCAGACAUGUGACAUCAUAAAUGAAUGGUAACACUGAAUUAACGUUAGAAGCUUGGCCAGACAUGUGACAUCAUAAAUGAAAGGUAACACACUGAAUUAAUGUUAGGCGCUUGCCCAGACAUGUGACAUCAUAAAUCAAUGGUAACACUGAAUUAACGUUAGGAGCUUGCCCAGACAUGUGACAUCAUAAAUGAAAGGUAACACACUGAAUUAAUGUUAGGCACUUGCCCAGACAUGUGACAUCAUAAAUGAAAGGUAACACACUGAAUUAAUGUUAGGUGCUUGCCCAGACAUGUGACAUCAUAAAUGAAUGGUAACACUGAAUUAACGUUAGGAGUUUGGCUAGACAUGUGAUAUUAUAAAUGAAUGGUAACACUGAAUUAAUGUUAGCAGCUUGGCCAGACAUGAUAUAAAUAAAUGGUAACACUGAAUUAAUGUUAGGAACUUGGCCAGAUGCACAUAAAUUCCGAAAAGUACAUAAAUUCAGAAAGACUUUUUUUGUCUUAACGUUUGGGUUUGGGGGCACCAGUCUGGAAAAGUGCCUGAUAAACUAGCUUUGGCUCUGGGUAAUAGUUCUGCUAUACCAUUCCCCAGUCAGGUCAUACUCUGAGUACUGAGAACAGUUUAGGAGACCAUUCAGUGAGCAGGUCAGGCUGGUGGAAGGAGUCCAGAGGAUAGUCUCCAGAAGGCAUGGCAUGGAGGAGGAAGAGAGAUAAGCACAGAUUAAUAGAGCUAAAAAGUUUGUCACCUGAGAUAGGAAGUGAUAAGGAUAGAGGGGUCUAUAUCAUAUGAGUGAAUUGCACAAAUUGCGACUGCUCAUAAUAUUGCAUGUACCAGACCUCCAACUUCCGAUUGUGGGGGGCUGUGACCCCCCCCUACCCCCCUGCUAAAUAUAUAUUCCAACUCUGAGAUCACACUACAGUGAGGAAAGGGCAAAUAUCCAAUUCUUCACUGUACCGCAAUCUCAGAAAAAGCACUUUGAGGUCCGGUACGUAAAAUAUUAUGAGCGUUCGCAAUUUGUGCGAUUCGCUCAUAUGAUAUAGACCCAGGUUAGACAAUGCGGGGACACACAUUCAUGUUAGGGAAAAGGACAGAGAGGGAUGAAGACACACAGGCAGCAGGUUGUGGGGGACAAUUACUCCUUGGGUUUGUAAAGGUACUUUUUCAAAGAGAUCAUUUCUGCUUCAUGAAAUAUACCACCAGUAUGAGUGAUGGAGGGGGAGUUCUUGAAGAUAUUCAUGGGGAUGUGAGAGAGUUAAACAGAUGAAAGAUAACAAAGGAUUUGAGGUUGAAUAUUUACCAUACUUAAAGGACACACUAUAUUAGACUAACUACCUUUUUCUUGUUUGGCAACUCAAAUGUAAUGUAAUGAUAGAAACACUUCAGUGUUUCAAAUGAAGUUGAGGAAAUCACCAUCUGUUAGUUGACAGACUACGUAAGAAAAAUAAAUUGGAGUUGAAAGAGGGAGGGUCACUGGUGAUGUUCUUUCACAGAGAAGGGGGGUUGCUGCUGAUGGGGCAGGGAAAGCAAGAUACAAACAUUCAUGUGACUUUCUGGCAGUUUCUCUGUUCUGAACCCCAAGUAACAACAUGGUUUCUGGUACCAGAUUUGUGUAUGUCCUUGAAGUAAAAUAUGUUUACUGCCAGAGAUAACCAGUCCACAUAAAUGUAAACUUGGAGCUUUCAGGUAUGUGUCAUGGUAAUGAUGACCACGGGGAGCCACACAUCGCCACAACAGAAUCAAGCCAGGCAUAAACAGCAGUUAGCUACAAUGUGAUGAUGGGGUGUCAUGGAGGGACAGAGGUUAGCAGUGCUAUGGAGGACUGAGGAAAAGAUGGGGGGGGGGGGAUCUGAUACUUGUUGCAAAUACCAGCCAUUUAGACACUCUCAGUCUGUGAUAUGUGAAUGAUUAAACACAGUUUUCAAUUUCCUGAUUUGGGGUUGCCAAGUAUAAUAAACAAAGCUAGUUUAAUGGUAACUAGUUAACACCUUAUGAAAUUGUCAUUUUAAUGUGUAUUCAUCAAUGAAAUGGGAUCUUGUACUGGAUACAGACCUGUGGGUGUUUUUUCCCUUAACAGUAUUCAUGCCUUGAAUUCUUAAAUUUAACUUCAUACAUUUAUAUUUAUCAUUUUAUACAAGGCACUCAUAGUGCUUAAAACACCAGAUGAGAUAGCUAAACAUGCAUAGCAUAUUCCUAUAUUUUCCUGCAAAAGUAAAGUUCUAAGAGUUAAUUCAGCAGCUUAUAUCAUACAAGUUAAACAGCCAGGCAAAGAUGUUUCCGAUUUUGUUACUAAAAAUGUAUUAAAUAUAUGUUUGUUUAUUACGUAAUGUAACACUUGUUUAAAGGUAUUCCUCAGGACAUCUUGUACACUCGCAGAACCCACCAUGUAUACUGAAGUAAAAAUGCAGUUUACUUUAUAUAAAGUUUUAAAAGUUGGCUCUGAUAGACAUAAAUAGAUAAUUUUAAUUGUACACUUAAGCUGUUCAGUUCUUUUCUCUCUGUUAAGAAUCAGAAUAUGUUUUUCUUUAAUGCAUUUGUGUUUAUGAUGCAACUAAGUCAUAAAAAAAUAUGAACGAUUUAACAUCAGUGCAUAACCAUUUAUUUUUGUUAGGUUUGCAAUAUUCCUGCAGUAAUUGCAUU